GUACAGCUCACUAUCUCGCACUUGCCUGUUUCUCUCGAAUUAUCACCAUCAAUACUUGCCCUAGGUGGUCUAAUUUCCCACUGCCUGGCAGCUUGAAGCUCAGCUCAACAACAGCCCGGAUGUAGCACACUGUCUUCGUAUCAAUAAGGGAUUGUAAGCGCACGGGAGAGCAAUAACAUGGCGCUGGCAGUACUGUAACGGAACCGAGAGAAAAAAAAAAAAAAAAAGAAAUGUAACGCACAUAAUCAAAGACAGCAGGUGGACCCUAGCAUGUUGAACAAAAACGACCCAGUUAACAUGAUGGAGAGUGAGGCGAAGUCUGUGUCUGAGGACGAGGGAGAAGCUUGUUCUUCUGGUGGUAGGCCGACUUACAGACCAACGGUGUUUUUGUGAAGUCCGUGUAGAAAUGCCCACCACACAGGAAAACGUUUGUUGCCACAAAUACCCAGCAGUGCUGGAAAGGUUAGGGUCCGAGUGAGGAAAAUCUGUGCAGUGCAUCACACAGCACCAGGGGUGUCGUGAUACCUGCUUGAGUGCGUAUGUACUUGAAGCUUGUGCCUAUGCUUAUGUGCUACAUGAAGGCCGCUUGGGAGAUGAGGAGCACCAGCAUGAGUUUGCCAGGAUUUUCCAACAUGUUUGGAAAGAAAAAGAAAAAGCUGGAGAUCUCUGCCCCCUCAAACUUUGAACAUCGCGUUCACACAGGCUUUGACCAUCGUGAGCAGAAAUUCACAGGCCUUCCCCAGCAAUGGCAAAGUUUACUGGCAGAUACCGCAAACAGACCCAAACCCAUGGUGGACCCAUCAUAUAUCACACCCAUUCAACUUGCGCCUAUGAAGAUAUCUCCCAAGAAAGUCCGGUCCGCUGAAACGUCAUUACAAAAAACCAUAGUAAGAGGAAACCGACCCCAGAAAGAUGCCUCCAUCAAUGGCUUGCUGGAAGAGUUUGACAGCAUUUCUGUAACCCGUUCAAACUCUUUACGAAAGGAAAGCCCUCCUGCGCCUUACCAGUCAAACUCCAAUCACAUUCAAGAGCACCCUGAAGAAAAUGGCUUCAGUCAUUACUACUCCAGAUACUCCCGCGACCUGAACACAGCUAAAGAUUUUCCUCUGGAGCCCUACAGAGAAAAGGGUAGUUUUGAAGAAGACUGGGGAAAACACUAUAGAUCAACUAAACAAAAUGGCCAUUCUACAAAAACUAGAGGGGCAGAUCCAUUUUAUCCGGAUGCCAUGCCCCAAAAGCCAGACUUUUUUAAAAUGCCACCAGAUUACCACACUUACAUGGAGACAAAGAUUAAAUCAGCGGAUCUUACUGGGGCAAACCGGGACAAUUUUAGAGGCUCUGCAAGCAGUUAUCCUCAUGAUUACAGGGAGCAACCUCAAGGCACACCCUCAAGGACUUCCAUUCAUAGUGAAAGAAUUGAUUACUCAGAUAGUGACUGGGGAUAUGGUCCCCCAAGAGAAGAUUAUGAGAAGAGACCAAAGUCAUCCUAUGUAACCCAUACCAGCCCUCAACCAGCCAUUAGACAGCGGUCCAGGUCAGGAUCUGGCCUGCAGGAACCUAACUUGCCAUGUGGAGCUAGCGCUUUUAAAUCAGCACAGCAGGGUCAUGCUUACAGUUCAUACACCUAUCCUCGUCUCUCUGAAACCAUGACUGGCUCAGGUAUUCCAAAGGUGGAUCAUGAAAGAGCACAGAGAGAUGUAAGCCCACAGGUGCCUGUUGCAGAAACAUAUCCCAGAGGCCCAACUAAACUACCUCAAAGUCAAACCAAGCCAAGCUACCCAGUUGGUUACCAAUACCCCCCGACAUACCACAAACCAUCUCCAUACAAUCGCCCCCCUGCACAGCCCAGUCCUCAAGCUUCUUACUCCCAGCCCUCGUCUCCCUACAUUCCUUCUGGUGCUUACCCUCCGCCGAGCUGGGGUUCCUCCUCUGAUCAGCAGCCCUCGAGGGUGUCCCAUGAACAGUUUAGGGCGGCACUCCAGCUGGUGGUGAACCCUGGUGACCCCCGGGAAUACCUGGACAACUUUAUCAAGAUCGGAGAAGGCUCCACUGGCAUUGUGUGCAUCGCUACAGAAAAGCACACUGGCAAGCAGGUUGCAGUAAAGAAAAUGGACCUCAGGAAACAACAGAGACGGGAACUGCUUUUCAACGAGGUAGUUAUAAUGAGAGACUACCAUCAUGAAAAUGUGGUUGACAUGUACAACAGCUAUCUUGUGGGGGAUGAGCUAUGGGUCGUCAUGGAGUUUUUGGAAGGUGGUGCUUUGACUGAUAUUGUAACCCAUACGAGGAUGAAUGAAGAACAAAUAGCAACAGUUUGUUUGUCAGUGUUGAAGGCUUUGUCAUAUCUCCAUACUCAAGGUGUUAUUCACCGGGAUAUAAAAAGUGACUCGAUACUUCUCACAAGUGAUGGAAGGAUAAAACUCUCAGACUUCGGCUUCUGUGCUCAAGUUUCCAAGGAGGUUCCUAAGAGGAAGUCACUGGUUGGCACUCCUUACUGGAUGGCACCAGAGGUGAUUUCUAGACUACCAUAUGGAACUGAGGUAGAUAUUUGGUCCCUUGGCAUCAUGGUAAUAGAAAUGGUGGACGGAGAGCCUCCUUAUUUUAAUGAACCCCCACUUCAGGCAAUGAGGAGGAUACGAGACAAUUUGCCUCCAAGGUUAAAGGAAACCCAUAAGGUUUCAUCUGUCCUGAGAGGAUUUUUAGACUUGAUGUUGGUGAGAGAACCUUCGCAGCGAGCUACUGCACAGGAACUACUGCGUCAUCCAUUCCUGAAGCUGUCUGGACCUUCUUCCUGCAUCGUACCCCUGAUGAGGCAGUACAGGCACCGCUGACAAGGAGCUGAAUUUCCAACUGUGAAAAGUGACUUAAUAGACUGAAACCCUUUAAAACAGCAAGAGCUUAGCUGCCUGAACACAUUGGCUACAAUUAGAUAGAUAUAUGCUCACCAGUUUUGCUUUUAUGCAAAAAGCACAUAAUCUAACUGCAGUAAGAUUAGAAGAGCCUCUGUGCCACUGAGGGAUCCAUUGAAGUAGCCGUAUAUUCUAGUAUUUCUAUAUCCAGAGAUGUUAAGGGUUGACUUCUAGCACUGAGUGUCUUAGCUGUUGAUUUCUAGCACUUUUGGAGCUCCGCUUCUUUUGGAAGUCAGGUAAUCUGCCUUCCAGACAGCGCAAGAGAUGAAUUCCAUGAAGCUCCACUGUCCCUGUCACAGUAAUAAAUUACAGCACAUUCGAGACUCAUCCUCAGAGUCUUACUUAAUGGAAAUUGUAUGGAGGUUUUGUACAUCUAGAAGGACUGGCUUGGUUUUAAAAAAAAAAGCACUUUUCUCUUCUAACACUAGCAGUAUGAUGUAUUUUAGAUCAACUGUAAUUUUAUGUACAGUUUUUGAUAAUUUGCAGUAUUUUGUUGUGAUGUAACCAUUGUGAUAUGAACAGUAUUAAAUAUAAUUUAACUAGAAUUUCAGCAAAGAUCUUUCCUACUGUUUGUAAUCCCUUUUUACAAAUAUAAGAAAGCCUAUACAGGAAAUACAACUAACCCUAAACUACAGUAUGAGAACGUGUGUAUCGAUAACUAGACUGUAUUUCUGAAGAUGCAAACAAAAUUAUUUGUACACUGAGGAAAAUUUGUCAAUUAAAAAAGGGGGUAUUGCCAGAUUUUUGUAUACUAUUUAUAGUAUGAUUUAUUUUUUGAAUAACUGAAGAUUUAUUUUUCAGUAGGUUUGCCUUUUUAGUUUUAAGAUUGAAACGGGCAAUUGUGUUGGUUACUUUACAUACGCAAGCAAUAUUUACUAAUUCAAUCACCUAUUUUGUCUUUAUAUUAAUAUCAAAGGUAACGUGUAAUGGUAGUGCUUUUCAGAAAUUAAACUGGAGAUAAAAUAUGUGCAAGAUUUAAUUUUUAUUUUUUGCCAUAUAAUAAAAAAUAACUAACAAUCUGAUAUGGUCUUAUCUGUUUAACUGUAGGCAAAAGUUACAAAAGUGACACUUUGAGGUAUUAACCAAUCACUGUCAAUAGACAACAGUCCAGUUACUGUAUCACAAAUAAAAAGCACUAUGAAAAAAGGAAUGAUUUGAAAAUACCAAACCCUGAAGGUUUGUAACAUGCUUUGACUUCCCUGUCUGGUGUAUACUCUCUAUUUAAUCCAUUGCUGUGCUCCUGGAGCUAUGUCAGUGUACUUGAUGAAUCAGGUAUAAUGUUAAUUACUUUCUUGUUUGUUAGUUUGUUGUAGUUAUAAUUUUAAUGUGUAAAUAUGAACACAUUAACAAGUGUGUUGCUGCCUAAGCCUUGAUAAAUGUUAAAACUUGAAUGACUACUAAAUAAAUGUGCUGUUGCUUGUUGAGUGAA